UCCAGAAGCAGCUGCUGAAAGGGACGUUCCCGCGUUUGCUGAUAUUUUCAGUGUUUUUACCAGUUUAGUGCCACACUUUUUAUUUGUUAACGUGCCUAUGGCACAAUACAAACCUCGUCGUUCGGUUGUCGGUUUUUAAAAGGGAUGAAGAGGCACAAGAGGAAGAAACAAAACGCGGGAGUUGCCGUAAAUGGGAAUGGCUCUAUCGCAAGAGAACCAGACUGUGGGAGGAAGCAGAAGUUGGCUGAGAUCCAUCAGGCUUUGAUCAGUGAUCCAGUGGACAUCGAGACCCUGAGGAGAGCAGCAGCUAGUAAAGGUGGACUGCUCACUGAUGAACUGAGAAGGAAAGUUUGGCCCAAACUACUGAACAUCAAUGUGUAUGAUCUACCAUAUAAACCUGGUCGAGAUGUCAGGGAGAACCACAAGGACUACAAUCAGGUACUCCUGGAUGUCAGGAGGUCCAUGAAGAGGUUCCCUAAAGGUAUGCCAGCCACAGAGAGAGCUGUGCUUCAGGAGCAGCUGAUUGACAUCAUACUGGAGGUUUUGAAACGCAACCCUCAGCUCCAUUACUACCAGGGCUACCAUGAUGUGGCCGUCACGCUGCUGCUGGUCGUUGGGGAGCGAAUGGCCAUCGCCAUGUUGGACACUCUCUCCAGUUAUCACCUCAGGGAUUUCAUGGAUCCUACCAUGGACAGCACUAAACACAUUUUAAACUACCUGAUGCCUAUUCUGGAACAAGUCGAUACAGAACUACAUGACUUCAUGAUCAGAGCGGAGGUGGGAACCAUCUUUGCACUGUCCUGGCUCAUCACAUGGUAUGGCCACGUCCUGUCAGAGUUUAAACACACCCUCCGACUCUACGACUUCUUCCUGGCUUCGCAUCCACUAAUGCCCAUCUACCUUGCUGCUACGAUUGUGUUGUACAGAGAGAAGGAGGUGAAGCAGACAGAGUGUGACAUGGCCAUGGUCCACCACCUCCUCUCUCGCAUCCCUCAGGACCUCCCAUAUGAACUUCUCAUCGCUCAGUCCCAGGACCUGUUCAACCAGUACCCUCCAUCGGUACUUGCCAAGCGGGCAGCACUGCAAUCUCGCAAGAGCCUGUCCAUCAGCACCUUCCAGGCGUUUCAGCUCUCCACCCUCCACCAGAGACCAGACUCUGUUCUCCAACGCCUCACCAAGACCCAGGGCUCCACCACCUCCAGACACGCCUCGCGACACUCAGGCCUGGAAGCAGCUUUGCCCCAAGCCCGAGGCCAGCUGUGGGGGAAGGGGAACAGGAUGGUGAAGAUGGCAGUGUGGGGGCUAUCCGCUACGCUCGGGGCUGCUGUGUUUGCCGUGGCUCAGACGGCCAUGGACUGGGGACCUGAGGUGUUACUACAACUGUUCUGACGUGGCAUUGGGAAUAUAGACUGUUAGACACACACAGUGACACAUGGUGACAGCAGACGCACGUCUGUUCUCGCGAUGGAACAGCAACAUACAAGCAUACACACAAACACAGACAUUUAAGACUUGAAGCUGGUCUCGUGCUCAGGAGGCGAUGGUAGAGAAAAGCAGGAGGUCAGUUAUCUUGGUGCCAAACAGGUUGUUGCUACUCAACCACAAUGAACAUAUGUUAACCACUAGUCUGCCUCAGGAUGUGUGUGUGCGUGUGUGCGUGCAUGUGUGUGUGUGUUACAUGUUUCUGAGCAUGGCAUGGCAUGGCAGACCUCAUACCACAUGUCAGUAUGGAUGAAUGAUGGGCCUUUUGGGCACAAAAUGACUAGAAGUAGUUGCAAAAUGACAGAAAAGUGACCACAAAAUGACCUCAAAGAGAUACAAAAUGACAACAAAGGGAUGCAAACAAACUGCAAAGAGACACAACUACAAAAAUACACAAAACAACUACAAAAAGACACAAAACAACUACAAAAAGACACAAAACAGCCUCAAAGAGAUGCAAAGCAACCACAAAGAGACAUGUUGUGGGGUGUUACUCCCAUGUUGGAUGGGAAAAGACCUUUUAUAGGUUUGUGCCCAGAGGGCCGUUGUCUCAUGAUCCGUCCAUGCAUGUGAGACACUAACACAUCUUGCUCUUUCAGGCUGUUGCUCACAUGUUACCGCUGUUGUACCAUUUUACACGCGUCCCUGUGUGUUUCCUGUUAGCUGAUUGUUUUGCUGAUAAUUCAUUUUUAGACUAUCACGCUUGUUUCCUCGCAUUUCUGUUGAAAGCGUUUUAGUGCGCUUGUCGGAUCAGCAGCCAUAUCUGAGAGCCAAUAGUGCCGUUAGCCAGCACGAUGACACAUGAAUACAAAUUAUUAAAGAGCUGCGUUUUCUGCUGAAAGCUUCCAGUUAUGAGCGAAGAAGGAGAGCGGCAGAGAAGGAGGGAGUGAUGGAAGGAGAGAUUUUGCCUGUGAGCCUUUUAUUAAUUGGUUUUACUCCAGGUGUCAGUGAGUUACAUUUACAGUAGAGUUUGACACACAAAACGAGCUGUUGCUGCCCCCAAAAUGUGAACGUCACACACAGUUAGCACUUGUCCCUAAACGCAAGCAGCGGGGCCUUUUGCAGAUGCAUUUUGCAAGGGGAGGUUUUGAAAUCCAUAUUUUUUAAUGUUAUUUUUAUAUUUUCCCGAGCAGUUUUCCUGCUGCCUGGCCCACCGCUGCUGAAUGAAUAUGGAAAAGACACCAGUACUUUUACAUUCUUAAAAUAUUUAGCAGGUUUGCGCCAACAACCACCCUGAACAGACGUCAACAGCGCUACAGUACAUGGGCUCAGUUCUUCUUCAACAUCAAAUUUCUCUUCAAAAUUUUGCUGUUGUGCUUUGAAAUGUUUUUACAGCUACAAUUUGAGGUUGGUCCGAGUGAUUAGUGUGACCAAAGGAAUUGUUUUUUUAAGUAGCGGAGGAAGUUAACUGCAUCCAUCUCCUCAAAAGGCAUCACACACACUGUAGAUGUUGUUGGACCAAAUGUAAUCACAGAGUUUCAUAACCUGAAAAGUGAGUAUUAAUAAUACAUGCUGUUUCCACCUGAGGUACAUACAUAUGUACAGAGCAUGGGGGUUUCUCCAAACGGCAAUGCAUGCUCUGGUUGUCAACUUAUGUUCUGAAAUAUUUAUCAGCUUUUACUAGCAUGUAGCUAAGCUGCUGCAUCUGUUAACACAGUUUCACUGGAGUCACAACACUCUCCUUCCUCCGCUUCCUCCGUUAUCACAUAUAAACGUGUCACAUCUUUACACAGCUGGAUGUGCAGUCUGCCCUGUUGAUUUUAGCUGCUACAGAGCAAACAAAUUCAACUGGUGCGUAGUCUGUUGUGUACAAAAGUACGGUAUGCAGAAGAGCAGUAGAUGAAAAGCAAGGCGGGAAAUGACUUGAAGGAAAUUAAUUGGCAAGACUGUUUAGCGGUUUAGGUUAAUGGCGGUUGAGUUGUGUGAAUCGAGAGUGCUCCAGAAAAUGGUGUUUUUAGCAGCAUCUGUGGGGGAUUGCAGAGCUGAGCGGUUAAUCAGUCGGUCAGUCAGGAAUAGUUGAGAGAAUGUCCAUAUUUGUGAACUUGAUUGGUGAUAAUCAGUCAGUCCUUUUAAUAGACGGUCAAUAAAUCAAUCAGGGGCCUGUAACUCAGGUAGUCAGCUGGCCUGUAAACCACUUCGCUCGUGGAUAAGUAAGAAAUUCAAUAUCCAGUCAGUUAAGAACCCGUGUCUGGCAAGUUGUAUACCACAAGCUGUGUGUGUGUGUGUGUGUGUGUGUGUCAGGUCGGUAUUGCUUUCUUUAUUUGCUUUCUGGGCAUCUUCUAUGUUUUUAUUUAUUCAUCAUUUUGCUGCUCUUUCUGCCUCUUUAUUAAAUGUAAAAAAAAAUAUUUAUUUCAAGAGCAACAAUCUGAUUGGCUAUUUAUUUAAUGGUUAAAUAGUAAUAGGAUUGUUUGUUUAAUAGGAUUGAAUGUUUAAUUGAACUGAACUGAAUUCUAACUAUUAUGGUCUGUAAAUAUCAGAAAUUUGAGGGUUUAUAUCCUUAAUGGUGAUUGAGUUAUUUUGCAUAUAAAAUACGGAGUCUGUUCAGUCAUUAAGAAUCUGGCUAGAAGUUAAAGGAAUAGUUUUUUGGGAAAUACAUUUAUUCACUUUAUUACAGAGAGUUAGAUGAGAAGGCUGCUUCCACCAUUGAAGGCAUAUUUCCCACGCUGCUCAAAUUGUCCUUUUAAAUGUUUGACUCGUGUAACGGUUCAGAUUGUAACAACAAACAAAUAUAACAAACAAAUGACUUUGCAAAGGGAACAUUUAUUGUCGUACGGUGAAUGGUUGGCAUUAAUUUGUACCCUGCUCUAUUACACAAGCAGCUCAUUCUGCAGUGAAGUUAAUUCACCACUGGCUGUACUUUUAAAGUGAUUGUGAAAAAUUGUGCAUCUAUGACUUGGUUACAGGUGUUUCAUAUAAAACUGCUUUAUCAAUAAAAGGAAUAGUUGCAUGUU